AUGGAUAGAAGAGGAUUGGAGGCAUGUCUAUAUGAAGUGCUGAGGUCCGAUCCCGCUGCAGGAAAGAGGGCCGAAGCAAAGAUCCUGGAGCUGCAAUCAAAUGACUUUGAAAGGUUUAUAUCGAUUCUUGUGGAAGUCUUUGGCGACCUGAAAAGUAAUGAUCAGCUCCGAAUGGUUUCCGGGAUUAUUCUUAAGAACAGUCUUCACGCAAAUGAUCCCGAACUCCAGAAAGGCUGUUUGAGCAGAUGGCUAGGGAUGAGGUGCGAGUCUAGAGAAUAUGUAAAGAACAUGCUUAGAGGGGCGAUGAAAGGCCCCAUUCCAAGGUUCUGUACCAUGGCCGGGGCAGCCCUUGGGCAGAUAGCCAGGAUUGAGAUUCCCAACAAUUUAUAUCAAGGAUUUUUUGAAGAGAUGAAGAGGAUGGUCUGCGAUGAGGAAGCAGUAUGUGGUGUGUGUGAGGCUGUGGGAAUAUGUUGCAGCUAUCUGGUGAAGGAGGCCCCUGACAUCCUUCAGAUGCACAAUACUGCUGUGUUUGAAAUAUGCAUGUAUCCUCUUAAAAGCGGAACCACAAGUAGAGCCAAGCUGUCUGGACUUAAGUGCUUGAUGAACUGUAUGGAAAUCCGGGGGAUAUUUUGCUAUGAAGAGAAUGUAAACAUAUUUCUAAAUGCGACAAUUGGGAUAUGGAAUGGGAAUGAUGAGGAGCUAAUACACAAGCUGAUGAUAUGCUUCAACAGGCUUGUGAUGCUUAAUUACAAGUUUAUUCAGAAGAGUAUAUUGGAGAAUAUGCUAGCACAGUAUUUAGGAAGGUUUUUCAAAUCAAAACACGAUGAAAUCAAGAUUCAAGCGAUUGAAUACUGGUGUAUUUUUGCUGAGAAAGCGGACGAAGAGAUGAUCAACAAAUACAUGCCGGUUGUAUUGCCAGAGGUACUUAACCUUCUUAAGAAAGGCCCAGAUUACUACGGAGAUGUGUGGUCACCACACAAAGCUGCGUCUUCUUGUCUUGAGAUGUACACAGAGCUGAAGGGUGAUAAGAUGAUGAGAAAUGGGAUGGUGUGGGGGUUUAUAGAAGCCUCUUUGAAAUCUGGAUCCAAGAGCAAUGUAGACAUAGGUGCUGUAGCGUUGGGAAGUGUCAUGCACGAAAGAUGUGAGGACUGCCUAACAAAGAUUGUCCCAGAUCUUGUUGCUGGAAUAGAAUAUGAAGAGUCAAAAGACUCCUGUUUGUGGGCAUUAUCUAGGGUGGCUGAAUGCAACUUCUACGCAUUAGUCGAUCAUCUCCCCAUGAUUUUGAACAAGUGUGGAUCAGUUGUUCUGGAAAGCUCCAAAUCUUCGAUUGGAGCUGCAUGGGUAAUGGAUUGCAUAUUCCGUUCUAUAGUAGAUAGCAAAAGAAAGGAGGGAUUUGCAAGCCACAUACCAAAUGCAACAAAGAAAAGAGCAGAUGGGUUUAUCGAAAGCUUCCUGACGAAGCAAUAUUUAGACAUUCUUAAUGUAUUGGUCAAAGGGACAGAGUUAGCAAGCCUGAAUGAUUCAAGCUUGAGGGUUGCAUUGUUUUCUGCGCUUGACGAGCUGAUUCUGAUAUGCCCGCAAACUGUUUUGGACAUUCUUGUUGGGUUUUAUGACUACACAUCGAAAAAGAUUGAUGAGUGUAUAAGUGUAUUAGGAUAUGCCACCCAAGAUCAGCUACUAGUGGUUGAGGAUGUCCUCUCAAAUUACAUAGGGCUUAUUGAGGCAAUAGCGACUGCAAGAGAAAGAGAGGAUGUGGAAGACCUUCUUGAGCUGUUUAUAAGAAUCCUGGAAUCAACUCCAACGAUAGCCUUUGGGGAGGUUUAUACAAGUAUCUCGAACCUUUCCUCAAAGUUCUCUCCACACGCAUCUAAGAUACUUCCUUACAUGGCAAGAGAUAUGAGAUGCACAGAUAGGUUUGUCUUGAGUUCUGUGAUAAAUCUUGUUGGAAGGCUUGCAAACACAAUGGGAACAGAUUUCAACAUUCUUGCAACUGUUCUCACAUCGUCUCUAGUCCAGUGUCUCGGCUCCGAAGCUACUCAUAGAGAUCUUAAGCCGACAAUACUGUCUGUAUUCGGGGACAUUGCACUGGCACUAGAGAGAAAUUUCGAGUCAUAUCUUGAUAUGGUUGUCAUGCUAUUUCAGCAGAUAUCAGAGGUUGGAAGGUAUUCCGACGAAGAGUAUGUGGACAAUCUCCGUAGGAAUGCAGUCCAGCUUGUGAACUGUUCUCUGGUGGCUAUUGGCGACAGUUCAAAAGUCAGAAGUGUUCUGCCCAGGAUCAUUGGGAUAACGCAUAAGAUAGGUGCCGAAGAUGAUAGUGGAAAAGCGAGCAACGACAUCCUUGGACUUAUUGAUGACCUUGUUGGAAUGUAUGGAAAGAACUUUGGACUAGACGAGCCAUGGAUUAAGGACUUUCUGUAUGGAAUGAUGAAAUGUGGUGAUGACCAGAAUAGAAAGAAAGCCAGCAAUGUCCUGGAAAUGCUAAGAUAA